AUGGCCUCGUCCUUAUUUCUGUGGAAGCCGUCUUCUUUAGGGGUCUUCUUCUUAUUCUACUCGCUCUUCUUCGUAAACAACAUCACCAUCUUUGUUUCCACUCCAUUUCAUGGCAUAGUCGUUUCUGCUUCCUCCAUUUCUUUCACUCCUAAUACGACCAACCAUACGGAUGAAGCAGAGACUCUCCUGGAAUGGAAAUCUAGUCUCGAAGACCACAACCAAUCUCUCCUGUCUUCAUGGCAUGGUAACAACUCUUGCCACUUCAUAGGUGUCACUUGUGACCACUACGGAUUCGUUGCCCAUCUUAAUCUUUCUAAUCUUGGCUUGAGAGGAACUUUAAAUGGUCUUGACUUCUCGCACUUAACCAAGGUGGUUAGUCUUGACUUUUCCAGCAACUCGAUCUACGGUCCUAUAACCUCAAGUAUUGGUAACCUUUCCAAACUCAAGUAUCUUAAUUUUUAUGAUAAUACAUUGAGUGGACAUAUUCCCUGGGAGAUUGGAUUUUUAGAUUCUCUUUUGGAAGUUUAUUUUGGCAAAAACAAUCUCAGAGGUCCUAUCCCUACUUCACUAGGAAGCCUAGGCAACUUGAAUAUUCUCAGCCUUUCUCAAAACCAAUUUUCAGGGUCCAUUCCUCCUUCUCUUGGAAAAUUAGUCAACUUAAGAAAGUUGAGCUUAUCAGAUAAUGACAUUUCUGGUCCCAUUCCAAGAGAGAUAUGUGACCUAAGAAGAUUGAAGUUUCUUUACUUAUGGACGAACAAACUUUCGGGAUCCAUACCUUCAGAGAUUGGGAGGCUAACCGAUCUUAUUGAAUUAGAUUUUUCUGAUAAUAAGUUGGUCGGGUGUAUCCCUGCUUCACUAGGAAACCUAAGCAGUCUAAAUCUUCUCUAUCUUUCCGGAAACCAAUUUUCAGGGUCCAUUCCUCCUUCUCUUGGAAAAUUAGGCAACUUAAGAAAUUUGAGCAUGUCAAAGAAUGAUAUUUCUGGUCCCAUUCCAAGAGAGAUAGGUGACCUAAGAAGAUUGAAGUUUCUUUACUUAUGGAGGAAUAAACUUUCGGGAUCCAUACCUUCAGAGAUUGGGAGGUUAACCGAUCUUAUUAAAUUAGAUUUUUCUGAAAAUAAGUUGGUCGGGCGUAUCCCUUCAUCUAUUCAGAAUUUGAGUAAUCUAAAUCUCUUAUCCCUAUUCUCAAAUCAUCUUUCAGGUUUGAUUCCUAAAGAGAUAGGGAAACUAACAUCUCUUGUAGUUUUAGAUUUGAGCAAUAAUACUUUGACAGGUUCGAUCCCUGCAUCAAUUGGAAGCCUGGCCAAUUUAACUACUUUAAACCUUAGAGAUAACAACUUUCUAGGUUCCUUGCCUCCUGAAAUUAAUGAGAUCAUUCAUUUGAGUGCUUUCAACGUGGGUGGUAAUGCCCUCGAAGGGCAACUGCCAGAAAAUAUAUGCUUUGGGGGGUUAUUGCAAAAUUUCACUGUGAUGAAUAAUCAUUUCAUGGGUCAUAUCCCUAAAAGCUUGAGGAAUUGUACUUCAUUAGUUAGAGUGAGGCUCGAAAGAAACAAACUCACUGGGAAUAUAACGGAAGCUUUUGGAAUCUAUCCUCAUCUGAAUUAUAUAGACUUGAGCCACAAUUAUUUGUAUGGUGAACUUUCGUGGAAGUGGGAGCAUUGCCGUAAUUUGACGAGCUUAAGGAUAUCAAACAACAGCAUUUCCGGUGAGAUACCCCCGAUAUUUGGAAGGAUGGCUCAAUUACACGUACUUGACCUUUCUUCAAAUAAUUUAAGUGGAAAGAUUCCGAGGGAAUUGGGAAGCUUGCAAUUACUGCUAGAUCUUAUCCUGAACAAUAAUGGGAUCACAGGUGAUAUUCCCAAUGAAUUUGAAUUUUUAUCUCAAUUGAAACAUCUCAACCUAGCAUCGAACAAUUUGAGCGGAGCCAUUCCACUGCAGCUCAGCCUGUGCACCAACUUGCUGAGCUUGAACUUGAGCCAAAAUAAAAUUGAAAGAAGCAUUCCUCCCGAGAUAGGCAAUGCACGAUUCCUAAACAUUCUUGAUUUGAGUCAAAAUCUAUUGACUGGAAGAAUACCACCAGAUCUAGGAAAACUUAGGGUCCUAGAAUCCCUAAACGUCUCCCACAAUGGCCUCUCUGGUUCCAUCCCCCAUAGUUUUGAUGACUUAUUGGCAUUAACUUCUGCUGAUGUGUCCUAUAAUGACCUAGAAGGUCCUCUCCCAAAUGUCAGAGCUUUUAAGGAGGCUCCAUUUGAGGCAGUCCAGCAUAACAAGGGGCUCUGUGGGAACGUGGCUGGAUUACAAAAAUGCAAUAUUUCUACCAUGAGCAAGAAACACAAUCGACACGAUGGAGCUAGAAUUUUGAUUAUUCUCGUUCUCUCGUCCUUGGGAUUCCUCAUUCUCUCUUCCUUCUUGAUUGUCCUCGUAAUCGUUGAUCCGCGUCAAAGAAAGGUCAUCAAGAGAGAGAGGAAUGUACAGACAGAGACUAAUGAUUUAGAUUUCUUGCACGUUUUGAGUUUUGAUGGAAAAAUUUUCUACGAGCAAAUCGUGGAGGUCACGGAAGGAUUUGACUCCAAGUACUAUUUGGGAGAAGGGGCCUAUGGCGUUGUUUACAGAGCGGAUCUACCCACAGGUAAAACUGUUGCAGUCAAGAAAAUUCCAUCAUCCCAAGAAGAUGAGACCGUCGACAUCAUUCCUUUUGAAAGGGAAAUUGAAGCCUUACAAAAUAUUCGCCACCGCAAUAUCGUGAAGCUUUACGGGUUCUGCUCUCAUGUACGACAUCAUUUUCUGGUGUACGAGUAUGUCGAAAGAGGGAGCUUGAGAACAAUUUUGAAUGAUGAUGAAAGAGCAUCAGAGCUCGGCUGGGACAAAAGGAUAAACAUGGUUCGAGCAAUUGCCGAUGCGUUGUCGUAUAUGCAUCACGACUGUUUUCCUCCAUUGAUCCAUCGAGACUUGACCAGCAACAACAUCUUGUUGGAUGCUGAUUAUGAGGCUCGCGUUUCAGACUUUGGCACCGCAAGGUUAUUGAGGCCAGAUUCCACCAACUGGACUACAAUUUCUGGCACCAUCGGAUACAUCGCUCCAGGUGAUGUUCUUUGUAGAAGCAUAUUAAUUUGCUAUUGUAACUCGUAUUGUCAUCGGAAAUUCCUUAAUUAUGUGAAAGCAAAUGUCCAACUCUUUAAGUACAGCUAA